CCUAUCGUCUGUACAACACAGUGCACUAUAGUUGUUAUGUAAUAACCUAGUACGUCACAUAUAAGAAAAACGUAUAAUAUUUUGUUCUUUGUAACACUUCAAUGUUCCGACGAGGUGUGGUUUUACUCGGCGCCAUCAAGAAACCUAAGUUUGAACACUCCACCAAUUUUCAGUCUUCAUAUGAACAACUCACUGGCUUAGAAAUUAAAAUUCCGGUUCCGUGGGGUCACAUAGCUGGUAAAUGGUGGGGCCCGACGAAUAUCCGACCUAUUUUAACCACGCAUGGUUGGCAAGAUAAUUGCGACUCGUUCAACAGAUUGCUUCCUUUAAUUAGCCAAGACGUAGGUUUCUUAGCUGUUGAUUGGCCAGGACACGGCUACUCUUCGCAUAUUCCUGACGGUUUUUACUACCAUAACACAAAUUACAUGCUUCUGAUUCAACGCUUGGUAGACUAUUUCAAAUGGUCGCAGGUAUCACUGAUGGGUCAUUCCCUAGGCGCUAGUAUCUCGUUCCUGUACACCAUAAUAAACCCCCAAAAUGUAGAUCUUUUAAUUUGCUUAGAAAAUAUCAAGCCGCUCACAGAAGACAUUAUCACUACCAACUCAGAAAGAAUCGCGAAAUUUCUACACUACGAAAAACUUAGAAGGCAAAAUACAGAGCCUCACGCUUAUACCAUGGAGGAAAUUAAGCGAAAAAUCGCUAGUUUUCUUGACGGCUCUGUUGCAUACGAACACAGCCACCACUUGGUGGAGCGCAGUGUCGCUCCUUCGAAGAGCCAUCCUGGGAAAUACUGUUUCACAAGAGAUCCUAGGUUAAAAGUACUCGAUUUAGUUAAUUGGCGACAAAAGGACCUAGUACUUGGGGCCCGACGUGUGCGUUGUCCUGUUUUUAUUGCAAAAGCUACUGGCGUGUCUUACUUUGAAGAAGAAAAUAAUGUUCAUGAAGUUGUAGACGCUCUUAAAGAAAGUGGUAACUGUGAGCACCAUCUACUCGAAGGAACCCAUCAUUUUCAUUUUAAUAAUCCUGAAGCAGUAGCUGGAUUGAUUAAAAAGUUUCUUAAACAACGCGAUAGAUCCGAUAGAAGUGUAGGUGGAAUCAAAGAGGAAAUGAUUGUAUAUAGUUAACACAAAGUGUAGCAGUUAUAACUAAAGCUCGGAAUUAUAUGCAGAAAAAAAAAUGUAAAUGUGCGCAGAUGUGCAGAGAAAUUUGCUAUUAUAUGCAAAAAAUUGCUAAAAUAUGCAAGAAAUGUUACUUUUUUUUA